UAGGGGAAAUGAGAUUUGAGUGCAAUCUUACUUACCUUUAUAUUUAUUUAUUUAUUAUUAUUUUAAAUAUUGCUCUGAAGGAUAUUCAAUGACGGAAUGUCUCUGCACUUAGAAAUGUAAACACUAACUAUAAGGAAUGUCUAUGUGAUGCCGUGUGUGUAUAUAUAUGUAUAUAUCAUCCUAUUCUUGUGACAGCUUAUAUCGAUAGAGUGAUGGUGACGUAGUGCGCGGUCACGUGACUAACCCGGAAGUGCUAUUGGAUAUUUCGCUCUGUUGACAUCUCUGUUAUUAUGGCAGUUCAGGUUGGACGCGUCUGAUAUUCGCGUGCUUUCUUCAUUUCUGCAGUUCUGACGGUUGUUUUGUUGAGGAUUUUUGUUUAUCUCUUAAUUGUUUUGAGGUUUUUAAUCAGCAUAAAAUUCCCAGCGUGUGUGCAUGGCAACCUCUCUCUCACAACCACAGCAUCCGGCACGAGAGGAGGACGCGGAGAAGGAGAAACUGCUGACCUCUGUGACCUUUGACCCCAGUCCCGUUGACCUCAGCGAUGGAGGUCACGGAAUCCGGCCCUCUCUGGACCUCCAGGGGUCGUCUCUGCAGAAAGAGGCGCAGGAGGAAGACUUGGCGGAGGAAGAGGCGCUGCGCAGGAAGCUGAAGUACUUCUUCAUGAGCCCGUGCGAUAAAUACCACGCCAAGGGCCGCAAACCCUACAAGCUGGUGCUGCAGCUGCUGAAGAUCAUCAUCGUCACCGUGCAGUUGGUGCUGUUUGGUUUGAGUAAUCAGAUGGUGGUGAUGUUUAAGGAUGAGAACACAGACUCGUUUAGGCAUCUCUUCCUGCAGGACUAUCAGGACGACACAGACGGGUUCGCCGUACACACACAGAGCGACGUCCAUCAGCAUAUCAACUACGCCAUAGAGCAGUAUCUGACUCUUCCUCAGAACGCAGUGGGCCGCUACGCCUACGUGUUGGGUUUGGGAGUGAACGACAGCGCCCUCUCUCUGUGUCAGCACUACUAUAAGAAGGGCAGCAUUGACCCAGUGAACGACACCUUCAUUAUCGACCCUCACGUCAUCAGGGACUGUAUAGGUGUGGAUCCUCCCACAGACCCUUCAGCUCCUCUCCCAGAACACUACAAGAACUUCACCCUCCAAUUCCACAAGCUGAUCAAUGUGACCAUCGAGUUCAAACUAAAGGCCAUAAAUAUCCAGACGAUCAUCAACAAUGAGCUUCCCGACUGCUACACCUUCUCUGUAACAAUCCUCUUUGAUAACAGAGCCCACAGCGGGAAAGUGAAGAUCAGUCUGCAUAACCAGGCCGUGAUCAGAGUGUGCAGGGAUCCCAGUGUGUCUGGACACAAGGAGAACCACAUGCGGGUGGCAUUUGACGUGUUGGUGGCGGUAGUUUGUGGCCUCUCGCUGGCGCUGUGUGGACGAUCCAUACUCCGAGGAAUCAUACUGCAAAAUGAGUUUGUGCGCUACUUCAGGCAGUCUCUGAGCCGGAGUGUGUGUUGGGGAGACCGACUGGAGUUCAUUAACGGCUGGUAUUUACUCCUCAUCAUCAGCGACGUUCUCACCAUCAUCGCCUCCUUCAUCAAGAUCGGCAUUGAGACCAAGAACCUGGCGUCCUAUGACGUGUGUGGGAUCCUGAUGGGCACGUCGACGCUGCUGGUGUGGGUGGGAGUGAUCCGCUACCUCAGCUUCUUCCAGAAAUACAAUAUCCUGAUCGUGACCCUGAGAGCUGCGUUUCCAAACGUCAUCCGCUUCUGCUGCUGCGCUGCUGCCAUCUAUAUGGGCUACUGCUUCUGUGGCUGGAUCGUCCUGGGACCCUACCACGCUAAAUUCCGUUCCCUGUCCACAGUGUCGGAGUGUCUGUUCUCGCUGAUAAACGGAGACGACAUGUUCGCGACGUUCUCGGAGGUGGAGCGCAGCAGCACGCUGGUGUGGGUCUUCAGUCAGCUUUACCUCUACACCUUCAUCUCGCUCUUCAUCUACAUGGUGCUGUCGCUCUUCAUCGCCCUCAUCACCGGCGCCUACGACACCAUCACCCAACAAGCUCACGAGGCUCCUCAUGUGUCAGACCUGCACAUGUUCAUCGCUCAGUGCAUGGACACGCCCACCUCGGGAAAGUUCCAGAGCCCAGACCCCCCAGAGUCCUGCUCACUGUUCUGCUGCUUUAACUAGACAGGGAAGAGUGUGUGUGUGUGUGUGUGUGUGUGUGUGUGUGUGUGUGGUGUUUUAUUUCCUGUUUGUAAAUAUUUGGCUGCCGUUCUUAUAGAAGUGUAUUCACAGCUACUGUUUGGCAUGUCCGGUCUCUGGGUCGACGUGGGUGGAGCUUAAAUUCAUCAGCCAAUCACAGACCUGAUCAUAUAACAUGAGCACAAUAGUCGACCUCACAUCAGCUAGCUUAUUUGUUUGUGAAUAUUCAGCCGUCCUUCUUAUAAAACGUAACCCCCGGUUACUGAUUAGCGUGCUAGCCGCCCUGUUCACGCAGUAAAUAUUAGCUAGGGCUGGAGAGAUAACCUUAACCUAAGCUAAGCUAGAUUAGUGUUGUGUUUAGACAGCUGGCUAGUUUAGCUAACGAUGCCUGACUGUUAUAUUGUGACAUGAAUAUCGGAGUUUUAUGCUAAGCAGCACAGAUCAAACACCUCGCUCCAUGGUCUGUGGUGUUUGUGAAUCUGGAACACAGCUGUCUGUGGUAGUUGUGAGGCCGGUGACGUUCCUCAGUAUGGUGGGGACGUCUAGACGUUUGGUCGGCAGUUGACGCUAAACAGUUAAACAUUUUAGCCAUGCGGAGUUUUUUUCCUCUCAGUAAUUCACCGAGGAAAAUGUUGACUUUUAUUCUGACUUUUAUUCUGAAUGCUGACACGUAUUCUGUUUUCCGUGUCACUCCGAUGACCGAAGCUAAAUCGCAGUCUUACAGCUGGCUCGUGUUCAGUGUCCCAGUUCUAUUUACCCACUUCCCAGCUGCCUAGAAAGUUCUAUUUGAAAAUGCUAAUUAAGCUCCACCCCCUUUUGACUCCGAGACUAUAGUCACUAUAUAAAAAUCGUGUUCUGUGGCACAACGUUAUCGCCCGUACACACUUCACACCCAAACUCGUACCUUUUAGCAACAUGUCGUGAUGUUCAUUUUGUCUUCUUUUUUUUUUUUUUUUUACAUUUCAUUCGUGUUAAUUUAUUUACGGUAAUUGUGCUGAGCACUAAUCGCUCAACGGUUUCAUUCAUGAUGUUUUAUUGCGUUUAAUUUAUUUAUUGAGCCGUACGUGUUCCAGGCACGUAACUGGAUACGAACACGUUAUUCAGAAUGUGGUUUUAAUCGGAUACGAACGCGGAUGUAAAUAGGCGGAGCGUUCGAGGUGUGCGUCGGGGUUGGGAUCCUGCGUGAGGAUACGUCCUUUCUUCAUCCUUAGUAACCGCCUGGUCAGAGUCCCUGUGGUUGAAGUUGUUUAUAUUUUGGGAACUAAAAUGCGCAAAAAAAUAAUAAUAAUUUCACAAGUUGGUGCAAAGAAAACUUUGUAGGUGGGAUUAAAAACCAAAAAACAAACCAAAACAGCCCCGCCCACAUCUCUGUUUGAGACCGAUUAUGAACUGGAGUGAGGUAGCUGAGGAUGAGGAACUGUCAGAGCCAGAACUCACACACCAUGCUGACAUUUAUACAUCCAGGUUUCACAGUGAAUUAAAUAAAUUUUUUUUUUUUU